AUGAAUGAAAGCACAGUAGCAUGGGAAGAUCUUAUCCUUCAUCGAAAAGACAUGACUGCAUUCAAAUCACGGACUUGCAAGAUCUACAAUAAUAAAGCACGGUGUUCUACCGAUUUAAAUAAGUCAUGUCCUUGUGGUCGUAUGGUUCGUCGCCACAGUUUCACUGAUGAAUCUGUAGAAUUCAAAGAAACAAAGCCAGAAAAUACUGCAUGGAAGCCUCCGAAAGAAUUUCGCGAAAUGAUUCAUUCUGCUAAAGUGCCUAUCAAUAUAUAUGGAACAUUGCAAUCUACCGGUUGUAAAUUUCUUCGAAUUGAUCUUCGAUUACCAAUUAAAGAUUUAUUCCAAUUAAUUCUUGAAGAUUGUCAAAAACAAAAACCAGCUCUUAUUUUAAGUAUUUAUGGUGGAGCCAAAUAUUUUACUAUGACAGAACGUCUUGAAAAAGAAUUUAUCAGAGGUGUUAUUGAUGCUGCUACUAUGGCCAAUGCAUGGAUUCUUACUGCCGGUAUCAAUAAUGGUAUAUCAAAAUUAGUCGGUGAAGGUAUUUCACAUUAUCGUGUCUUACGUGAAUAUUCGAUUAAAGUGAAAUGUAUUGGAAUGACAAUGUGGAGUACAAUAAAUGAUAAUGCACGUCUUGAACUUAAAAAUGCAUCAAAAGGAAAUCCACGACCAUUAUGUGAACGACAAAUUCCAGAAAAUACUCAAGAAGAUAAAGAAACAAUCGAACCAAAUCAUACACAUUGUAUUUUAUUUGAUAGCGGUAAAUUGAAUGAAUAUCUCAGUGAUAUACAGCGUGAUCAAUUUGUUACUGAAGCAUGUAAUUAUAAGGAUCAAGGUAAAGAGAAUGAUUAUACAUGUUAUGCUGUAACAAUUAUCGUCGAAGGAGGAACUGGUAGUCUUGAAGUUCUUGAAAAUGAUAUUAAAGGAAGACGACCAAUUGUUCUGAUUCAAGGUAGUGGUCGUUUAGCUGAUGUACUUGCUAUGCUUGUCGAACAGACAUCAAAUCCUGAUCGUAAUCAACAUUGGGAUCCAUCAGAUCAAGAAAUUGAACAAGCUCUUGAUCGGUUUUAUCCUACUAUAUCUAUUUCAGAAGUUUCUUUAACAAAAAAACGAAUUCAAAAUAUUUUAAAACAAGAAAAUCGUUAUCUAUUACAUGUUUUCUCUAUGGAUCGUGAUAAAAAUGUAGCUGAAAUAAUUUUCAAGGCUAUAUUUACUGCUACAAAAAAGAAAACUAAAAUAGAAGAUAAUCAGAAACAUGAAGAUGAACCAUCAGAUCAAGAAAAACAACGUCGAAAAGAUGAAGAUAAACUAGUAGAUUUGGCACUUGAAUGGAGUUAUUUUGAUGGUGUUUUACCAAUAUUACAAGCGCGACAAGGUGAUAUGGUGAAGAAAAAUAAAUAUUUUAUAGAGGAAGAUAUAAAACGGCAAAAGUAUCUGUUUAUAAAAUCUCUUCAAAAAAAUCGUUCAAAAUUCAUUGAAUAUUUCUUAAUAGCUGGUUUUGAUCCAUUAACUUUAGUCGAUAAUAAUAAUAGUUCUAGCUACCAAAAAUUUAUUGAAAAAUUAUAUGUGGAGAGUUAUACAGUUAUGAAUAUGAGUCACAAAAAUCGUUUACUAAAUAUACUUGGUAUAUUACCACUUCGACGAAUAAAAGAUAUUGAUUAUAAAUUAAAUCAAUUUAUUGGUUCUUUUUUCGAAUCGAUUUAUUCUUUUAAAGAUACUAGUUUUGGUAAACGUAUUAAAAUUGAUUUGAGUAAUCAUGUAUGUAAUUGUUGUGGAUUUCAUAAGCAUGUUGACGAUAAAAAUGAAUUAAAUGCUAUGAAUAAUCAUAUAAUAAAUGAUCAAACAAUAGACACAUAUACAAAACAUCAUAUGUUACGUGAUCUUUUUUUAUGGUCUAUUCUUAUGGAUAUGCCUGAAAUGGCUAAAGUUUUACUUCUUCAUGUUCGAUCUCGUAUUUGUGCUGCUCUUAUAGCUUCAGCUGUAUUUAAAAGAUAUUCAAAAGCAUCUCAAACUGUUGAUGUGAAAGAUAAAUUUCGAAUGCAAUCAUUAGAAUUUGAAACAUAUGCUGCAAUGUGUGUUAAUAAAUGUUAUGAAUAUAAUGAGAAACGUGCUUGUGAAUUACUUGUACGACAAAUACCACUUUUUGGUAAUAUUACAUGCAUGCAGGCUGGAAUUUCAAGUGAAAGUGUAAAAUUACUUGAAACAGCUUGUUUCGAUCAAACAUUAAAUCAAGUAUGGUUUGAUAAAUUAGCAUUGAGUAAUCAACAAACAUCAGCUAAAUUAUUACAAAUUCCUUCAAUUAUUACUUUUGGUUUAAUAGCACCUUGGAUUAUUACAUAUCGAAAAGAAAAUGAAGAAUCAUUGAAUAGUACAAAGAAUGAUGCUCUAUCUGAAGAAGGUAUAAACUAUUAUGUUGAUGAAAAAAAUUCCAAAGAAGGAACAUGUUCAAAUUAUUGGAAGUGUGUUCAAUAUUUUCAUGAAAGUUCAAUGAUAAAAAUGUCAUAUCAUUUUAUUAGUUAUAUUUGGUUUUUACUUGUAUUCAGCUAUAUGAUGCUUUAUCAUUUAGAUAGUCGCGAUACAUUUAUAAUUCCUCAUUGGACUGAAAUUUAUGUCAUUAUUACUGUUUCAACUAUGUUUUGUGAAGAAGCUCGACGACUUUAUUAUGAAUAUCAUACACGUAUGCUUGAACGAUGGGGUUCAACUGGAUCUAAUCUUUUAACUGUAUUGACGAAUAUAUUUUAUAUUUUACCUUAUUUUCUUUUUUAUUUGGGUCUUGGUUUUCGAUAUGCUAGUUAUACUGAAGAAUUACUUUCUACUGCAAGAAUUAUAUGGGCACUUGAUCUUGAAUUAUGGUAUCUUCGAUCACUUAAAUUUGUUAUGGCUUUAAAAUUUUUAGGUCCAAAAUUAUUUAUGUUAAAAAAUAUGCUUCGAGAUUUAUUUGCUUUUGUCUUUAUGAUAUUCAUUGCAAUAACUGCUUAUGGUGUUGUAUCUCGAGCAUUGAUUCUUUAUAAACAAGUACCAUUUACAGGUCAUGGUAUUUUUAGUGAGAUUUUCUAUGAACCAUAUUGGUUUAUUUAUGGAGAAGUAUCGGAUAAAUAUUUACUUGAUAAUAUAAUUCAUGGUGAUAGUAACAGUACAACAGGAAAUGUUGCAGAAGCGUCAGCAACACAUGUUUUAUUAGCAUUUCAUAUGUUGUUUAUUAAUAUUCUUUUACUCAAUUUGUUAAUUGCCGUUUUUGCAGAUUCCAUUGGAAAAGUUCAAGAAAAUACCGAAUUUUAUUGGCGUUAUCAACGUUAUUCAUUUGUACGAGAAUAUUUCGAGCGUUUACCAUUAUCUUAUCCACCAUUAAUUGUUAUCUCACAUAUCAUAUUAAUUAUUUUAACUAUUCAACAAAAAUGUUGCCCGUCAGGUCGAAAUCAAGUGGCCAAUCCAAAUCAGGUACCAUGGUCAAAAAAAUUUACACGUAUUUUUAAAAUGAUUCCAAAAAGUGAUACACAAGAUGAACAAUGGGAUUCAUUUGAGAAUGCUGCAACAUAUAGUUAUGUUCGUUCAAUAUUAGAAAAUGAUAAAAACAAAAAUGCAUUAACUACUAAUCAUGAACAAUCGAAUAAAAUAAUGACUACAACUGAUUCGAACACUGCAACAACAACUGUAGAUCAACAACAAAUAAUAGAUAAUUUAAAAAAUGAUUUAAUGUCAACAUUUAAAGCAGCUCUUACAGAAACUCAAAAAGGAUUAGAACAAAAUAAUUCAAGAAUGGAAUAUCGUUUAGAUCAGAUGAAAACAUCACUUGAAUGGGUAAUGAAUGCAAUGACACGUGUAAAAAUGAACAAUCCAAAAGAACCAAGACCUACAUUUGAAUUUGUUUCUACUAAAAAUGAUGUUUCGUUACCAAAUCAAACAACAACAUUAACUACAAAUUCUGCUGAAUAG